AUGGCCUCUUCGUGGAGGCUGUUGGGCAUUUCCAUCUCGGCCGUGCUUAUCUUGUCCAGCCUCGCUUAUCUCCUUUACGUCGUAUUCCUGUCGGCCUCGUCUUGGGGCCUUGUCAGGCAGCCACUUUUUGACUCAUCAGCCUCAUCAUGGAAGCAUCCUCACCGACAUUUUCAGGCCCCGGCAGAGAAUCCCUGGGCGGAGCUCGACGAGGUUGAAGCGUCGCAGGUGUAUGUCUGGCUUCAGAAGAACACCCAUAUAUUCAACUCGACCGACGAUGGUGGCGCCGGUGGAAGUCAAAACAACGCCUUGAGUCUGGUCGAACUUCUCCGACCCAACAAGUCGAGUGUGGUCGACUAUCUGGACCACCAUGGCCCCGUUCCGGACCGCUGGGCCCGUGUGUCCGCCGUCGAGACCAAGGGCGACGACGCCUUCAUCGUCGAAUACAUGGUCGGCCCACUGCCGCCGUCCAACAAGACCCAACUCCUGCCGCUGACGUACUGCCACAACUCCGGUCGCAACUAUGUGCAAAGCCCCAUCUCGGACGUGUUUGCUCUGUUGGACUGGGCGUUGCGCAUUGGCGAGGAUGCAUCCGACAUCACUCAAGACCUGCUCGGUGCAAAGACCAACCGGGACGAUCUCGACGACCCCAAUGGACUGGUCAUGGGUUCGCGGCCGGCGCUGAUCGACUCAGGCCGCAUGGUGCACUGGCUGGAGUUCUUUGGUCCCGGGAUGAAAUCCGACGGCCGCAGCCUGUUGCCCCAGGGCCUGUACGUCAAGCUGGACGUGCCGAGCGCGAACCCGAAGACGUGGACGACGCGCGAGUGGUUCUACAACGGGGUGUUGUACGACAACGCCACGAUGCUGCGGGCGGCCAUGGCAUCCCCCGGAUUCGAGCGCCUCACAAUCAACAAGGAUGGCGGGUGGACCGACACGGAGGAUUUUGGCACGUCGAACCCCGAGCGCGACGACAUGCCGCCGCCGCUAUCCAUCCAGCCGUACGGCCCACGCUACCGCCUCGACCGUGCCCAGAACUACAUAUCGUGGAUGGGCUUCUCGUUCUACCUCUCGACAUCGCAGAUCACAGCCCUCUCUCUCUUCGACAUCCGCUACGCCGGCGCCCGCAUCAUCUACCAGCUCGGCCUGCAGGAAGCCCUUGCGCACUACGCCGGCUCGGAGCCCAUGCAGUCCGGGCUCGAGUUUCUGGAUACGUUUUUCGGCAUGGGCAAGAUGAUGUUCAGCCUCGUGCCCGGGCUCGACUGUCCCGGUCAUGCAGAGUACCUCGACAUGGUCUACCACCGGGCCGGAAAGAUGUUCACGAACCGCAACGCCAUCUGCAUCUUUGAAUACACGUCGGACGCGCCGCUGCAGAGACACACCUCGGCCUUUAGCGCCACCGUGAGUAGAAACACGUACCUUGUUGUCAGGAGCGUGAGCACGGUCGGAAACUAUGACUACACGAUCGACUACAUCUUCUACCUCGACGGCUCGAUCGAAGUCAAGUUACGGGCCAGCGGCUACAUCUUCGGGGCGUUCCACGCGGAACCGCGAUCGUCUUCCACGCCACUCACGACACGCGAUACUUCGACGAACGAGUACGGCUACCGCGUCCGCCCCGCGCUGCACACGUCGAUGCACGACCACGUGGUGAAUUUCCGCGCGGACCUGGACAUCUGCGGGGACGCCAACACGGUCGUGCGCACAGUCAUCGAGCCGCUCCAGCGGGUCUACGAUUGGGACCGGCCCGAGGUUCCCGGGCUGCGGAAUACCAUGCAUAUGGUUCACAACCCCAUCACGCACGAGACGGGACUCAACUGGCCCCGCAACGCCGGGGAGAUGUACGUCGUGACAGCCACGGGAGCCAACAGCACGAACAAAUGGGGAGAAACCCGCGGCUACCGCAUCCUGCCCGGCACGGGGAUGGGCAACCCGUCGCACCUGACGAUCGUCAACUCGACGACACUGGGCAAAGCCGCGCUCUGGUCAGAAGCCGACCUGUGGGUUCUGCGCAACCACCCUGCCACGGAACCGGGGUCGGCGCACCACUACAACGCGCUCGAACCUUUGGACCCCUUGGUCGACUUUUCCAAAAUGGUCGCCGAUAAUGAGAGCGUCGAGGGUCAGGAUCUGGUGGUGUACUUCAACCUGGGCGGGCAUCAUGUGCCGACAAGUCAGGAUAUCCCGAACACGCUGAUGCACACGAGCGCUAGCUCCGUGAUGUUCAUGCCGUUCAACUACUUUGACGACGAUGUGAGUAAGUAUCUCAGGCAAGGGGUGAGGGUCGAUCGAAGACGACACGGCGCUGCGACAAAGGAGAGUAUCGUCGACGACGACGAUGUCGAUGGUGCUAAGGAAGAGGUGCGGCGGUCUAGAUCCAGAUCGAGAUCCAGAUCUAACCAUGACCACUCCUCCACCUCCUCCAAUGAUGGCAUCUCGUACUUCGGCGCCCGAUACACCAAGCCCGUGCUCGUGACGCCGGAGAUGCUCUCGCCGGAUCUCAGCCACUACAUGAAGGAGCGCGACGGUGGUGAAGAGGGCGGCUGGAAAGCCGUGCGGAAUAAUGUCGGCGGUGGGCUUUAUGGGCUGUUUGUGGGCAAAGAGAGGGGAGGGCGGCGACAAGGUGAGCGUGAGGGGGGGAGGCUUGAUUGGUAA